AUGGAGCCCCUGCGGAGGGCCCACGAGGCCGCGCUCCGGCUGCUGCUGUGUCGGCCUUGGGCCUCGGGCGCCGCCUCCCGCCCGAAGCCCCGCGCCUCGGAGGUCCUGACGCGGCACCUGCUGCAGCGACGCCUGCCGCACUGGACCUCCUUCUGCGUGCCCUACAGCGCCGUCCGCAACGACCAGUUCGGCCUCUCGCACUUCAACUGGCCGGUGCAGGACGCCAACUACCACGUCCUGCGUACCGGCUGCUUCCCCUACAUCAAGUACCACUGCUCCAAGGCCCCCUGGCAGGACCUGGCCGGGCAGGAUCGGUUCUUCACGGCGCUCAAGGUCGUCAACCUGGGUAUUCCAACCUUAUUAUAUGGACUUGGCUCCUGGUUAUUUGCUAGAGUCACAGAGACUGUACAUACCAGUUAUGGACCAAUAACAAUUUAUUUUCUAAAUAAAGAAGAUGAAGGUGCCAGGUAUUGAAGAGACACAGCGAGAGAGGGAACA